UCAUUUACUAACUCCUAUUCUCAAAGUUAUACCUACUAAUUAAGUAACUAUUAAUUUAGAAUUUUGACAACUAACUCGACUCAAAAAAGCAACGAACGUAUAGCGUUAUGUUCUUAAUUUUUUAAAUCUGAUAAAAAUGAUAAAUUUAAACAUAUUGAGUUUGUUAUGCACAACAUUACAUCAUUCAAGGCCUAUGCGCAGAAAGGCAAAGUUGUGUAAUAUGAUAAAACACUUUAAUAAGUGUUGUUUAAUAAAAUAUCAUUUAUUGUCUCCAGUAUCAUUUACGUGAUAAGUUGACAUACAUAUGACACGGUUUUUAGUUAGUGUAUAUAAUAUAUAGUGUUUUUAUCACUAGUGUGUAAGAAGGUGUGUCGUAGAUAGCUUAGACGCCUAUAAUCACAUUGGCACAGAAUAUUAUGUAGGAUAAAGAUACGUCUCUCAAUGUUUGUUUUGUUCAAACGUGCUUUCGAUGAAGAGUGAUUCUGUGAACUGUGGACACCCCUUUUUCCAGAUAUCUAAUCAUUAUAUUUGUCUUUUACGAUAAUAUCUUUUAACCGAAAAUCGAAAUCGAUAUAAUUUUAUAACCGAAAGGUAAAUGCACAACAAAUAAAAAGAAAAAUGACGAACGUCGCGUAUAUCCUGGUGGCUGCCCUAGCCGUGGGCCACGUGUGUGACGCCUAUAGGAUCCUGGUGGUGUUCCCUCUAGCGGGAAAGAGCCACAACAUCCUGGCUCUGGGAGUCGUCAAGGCUCUCCUGCAGGCUGGACAUGAGGUAACUCAGAUCACAGCUUUCCCAGAUAAAAAUCCUAUACCCAAUCUUCGUCAGAUAGACAUUAGUGGUAGUGUUGAUACGAAGCAUUUGUCAAAAAUCAUGAACGUGACAUCAAUCCUGGACGGGAGGGUGCAAAUGGGUUUCUCCUCAAUGAAGGCAUUCAUAGAAAUGAUGAACAAAGGACUGUUGACAGAUCCGAAUUUAGUGAAUUUUCUGAGCGACACAACACAGAAGUUCGACGUUAUCGUGGCCGAGUGGAUGUUCACAGAUGUUUACAUCGGUUUCAGCUACGUGUACGACUGUCCCUUCAUCUGGCUGUCAACCAUCGAGCCUCACUGGAUUAUAUUGAGCCUUAUUGACGAAAACGUGAAUCCAGCUUACGUGCCCGACAGCUUAUCCAACAAUGUCCCGCCUUUCAACUUUGCCAACAGGGUCAAGGAGCUCGCUCUGCAAACCAUGGGCAGAGCGUUUAGAUUUUUUUACUUAGACGGUUAUCAAAACGAGCAGUUCCAAAAGUUGAUUGGCCCUUACUUCCUCAAGAGAGGAAAGUCGAUGAUCCACUUCAAAGCGAUACAAUACAACGCAUCCUUAGUCCUUGGCAACUCCCACGUCUCUCUCGGGCAAGCGACCAGGCUGCCGCAGGCCUAUAAGCCGAUUGCCGGGUAUCAUAUCGACCCUGUGGUGAAACCUUUACCUGAAGAUCUUAAAAAAUUAUUAGACAAUGCGAAGAAUGGCUUGAUCUACUUCAGCUUGGGAUCCAACUUGAAGAGUAAAGAUCUCCCACAAAUUUUGAAGAAGGACUUGUUAGAAAUGUUGGGUGGCCUGAAACAGACGGUUUUGUGGAAAUUCGAAGAGGUACUUCCAAAUCUACCGUCGAACAUUCAUAUUGUCAAUUGGGCACCACAACAAAGUAUUUUAGCUCAUCCCAACUGCAUCCUGUUCAUCACACAUGGUGGUCUCUUAUCGACCACUGAGGCUGUACACUUCGGCAAACCAAUCAUCGGGAUCCCAGUGUUCGGAGACCAGUUCAACAACAUCGACAGAGCUGUCAGGAAGGGCUUCGCUUUGAGAGUGGAUCUGGCUUACGAUAUGAAGGACCAUUUAAGAGCAGCUAUUGAUGAUGCAUUGCAUAAUAAAAGAUACGCGGAAAAAGCAAAAGAGUUAUCACUGAUCUACCACGACAGACCGGUGCCCCCAAGCAAGGAGCUGGUCCACUGGGUGGAGCACGUUGUCAAGACACGAGGAGCUCCGCACCUUCGCUCUCCAGCACUCGAUGUGCCAGUCUACCAGAAGCUUUAUUUAGAUCUCGUUGCACUAAUUUUGACAGUAUUGUACGUGCUGAAGAAGAUUUUUGUGAAAAUAUGUUGCUCAAAGAAAAACAUCGAUAGGAAAAAGAAGAAGAACUAGACAAGUGUAAAUAAUUUUGUAGAUAAGCAGUGUACCUACUCGUACGAUUGCUCUGUUUGAUUAUGAAUUUUUAAAAUUUAUUAAAUCAGUUUAUUAAAAA